UUAGUUAACUUUGUCCUUCCACCACCUGCAGAUCAUCGGCGACGACACCACGCGAAGCAGCGAAGCCUCAGUCAUAACCGUGGCUCUUUGACCAUCUGGUUUGUCUCAUUAUUUGAUUUAUUUUCAUUCGCAAUUAUCCGCUCGGACAACUGGCCAACCGAAUUUAAUUUCGCUCUCAAAGACCAUCCCGCAUUGCCAUGCGUGAUCAGCUCGCUCCCUGAAUAUCCAGUGAUCACAGGCUCCGGCCACCACGCCGAAUUCAAACCCAACCACGCUCUCAAAUAACUAUCGGGCGAAAAGCGUUGAAAUGCAUAUUAUCAAGCCUGUCUGGCUGACACACGGAGGUGACCGAAAGGAUUAUGAAGUCUAUAGUUGCGACGUCUCGCCAGAUGGGAAAAGACUUGUCACAGCCGCUGGAGAUGGCUACGUUAGGAUAUGGUCUACGGACGCGAUCUACAAUGCGGCGGACCCAGAGUAUGCAGAUAAACCUAAGCAAUUGGCGUCGUUGAGCAAUCACUCGGGUACUAUCCAUGCGGUUCGAUUCUCUCACAACGGGAAAUAUCUCGCUUCCGGCGCAGAUGAUAAGAUUGUUUGUGUAUAUGUACAUGAACCGAAUCCUCCCUCACAUACUUCGACUUUCGGAACAAAUGAACCUCCGCCAGUCGAGAACUGGCGCACCAUACGAAGGUUGAUAGGCCAUGACAAUGAUGUGCAAGAUUUAGGAUGGUCAUGGGACUCCUCCAUACUGGUGUCUGUGGGCUUGGAUUCUAAGGUCGUGGUGUGGUCCGGGCAUACAUUUGAGAAGCUGAAGACUAUCCCAAGCCAUCAAAGUCACGUCAAAGGGAUUACUUUCGAUCCAGCAAAUAAAUAUUUCGCUACUGCAAGUGAUGACCGCACGAUACGGAUAUUUCGGUUUACUUCUCCCACUCCAAACUCCACUGCUCACGACCAGAUUCAAAAUUUCGUCUUAGAACACACUGUUAAAGCACCGUUUGUGAACUCUCCAUUGACAACUUAUUUUCGACGUUGCUCCUGGUCUCCGGACGGAACCCAUAUUGCCGCCGCGAAUGCCGUCAAUGGACCUGUUAGCGCAGCUGCAAUCAUAAAUCGCGGUUCUUGGGAUAGUGAUAUUAACCUGAUUGGCCAUGAAGCACCAGUUGAAGUCUGUGCUUUUUCCCCAAGACUAUAUUCAUUUAGUCCGCCGGGCAAAAACGCAACUGAUAACCAAGGAAACGCCGGCCCCACGCUUGUGACGGUAAUCGCAUGUGCUGGUGGAGACAAAUCCCUAAGUGUCUGGAUUACGAUCAACCCGCGUCCCAUUGUUAUAACUCAAGAUCUAUCCGCGAAGGCGAUCUCUGAUCUCGCGUGGAGUCCUGAUGGAAAAAACCUAUUCGCCACAGCGCUUGAUGGAACGAUAUUAGUCGUACGCUUUGAAGAUCAGGAACUUGGUUACCCCAUGCCAAUGGAGGAAAACGAGAAAUCUUUAACCAAGUUUGGCACAAGUCGGAGAGGUGCUGGGAUUGUGGAAUCAGCCAAUGGUUUAUUGCUUGAAGAGAUGAGUAAAGCGGGAGAAAUCAAAGGUGUCGAAGGUCGUAUGGGAGCGUUGAUGGGAGACGGCCAUCCGUCAACCGACCAAGGGGUAAAUGGUACUCCCGGAGAUUUAUCUAGGAGCGGAGCUGCAACUGCGGGCACUGCGACGCCCACCGGAACUCAGAAGCCGCAACAAAAUGGAACACCGAACGGAACCCCUGGAGAUCAAGAGAAGCCGGACCCUUAUGCUGCGAAGCUGGAGAGACUGAAGCAGCGACCAACAUAUACGAAAGAUGGCAAGAAGCGCAUCGCACCGCUGUUAGUGUCUGGCGCUGGCGGUACGCAAUCAUCGCUUCCUCAGUCGAGACUGGUUGCUUCGUCAGCGAGCGGGCUGGCUGGCAGGUCCGAGGGUCCAGAAACCGUCCUGGAUCUGUCGAAGCCGUUUGAUGGUCUUCCAAAAGGCGGAAUUGCUGCAAUAUUGUUUGGUAACAAACGAAAAUUUGCUCAGAUGGAAGACGGAGAGGAUAACUCUGUGGAGAAGCGAGUUGCAGCUGCAAGCCAACACGGAGCAAACCCGGUUCUCAUCAAUGAGCCGGAUGGGCUUGUUCCAGCAGCACAGACCGCACGUGAGCUACAAGAGACGCCGGAGUUUAUUCGGCCUGCGGUGGUUAACCCUGUCAUGGCGGUAAGUCAAAUCAGAUUAGCGGUACCGAAAGUUAGGGUCCAUAUCGUCCAAGGCAUCGAUACCUUUGGGAAUCCUACUAGUGUGUCUUCGGGUUUGGCAUCCUCGUCCCAGUCAAAAGCGGACCUUACACUUGAAGCUCGCAAUCAUUCUGGGCCCAGUUUAACGGGUCGGGUGACCGAUCGCGAACCUUCGAGAGUAAGUCUUACGCGCGGCGACCAGCCUCUGUGGCAGGAUUUCCUUCCAAAAGCUGUCCUUCUCGUCACCGGAAACAAAAAGUUUUGGGCCGCUGCCACGGAAGACGGUUCAGUGUAUAUUUGGACACCAGCGGGGCGCCGCCUUGUCAGUGCUCUUGUCCUAGAAGCACAGCCGGUGCUUCUUGAAUGCAGGGAAUCUUGGCUGCUGUGUAUAACAGCGGUUGGCAUGUGCUAUGUUUGGAACGUUACCACCCUCACCUCCCCCCAUCCGCCCAUUUCGUUAGCCCCCGUGCUCGACGCGGCGGUACACACGAUGACCCAAACCCCCACAACGGUGCCCUCGAUUAUCGCUGCGCGAAUCAGCUCUCAGGGCCGCAUCAUCCUAGCAGUGUCGAACGGGGAUGGCUAUAGCUAUAACCCUUCAUUGUAUACCUGGCAGCGACUGUCGGAGCCCUGGUUUGCGGUGGCGAGCCAGUAUUGGAAUACUACUGAUUCUUCAGUGGGCGACCUACAGUUGGCUCGAAAUCAGACCGGGCCUGAUGCGGCAAUAUCUGCGGGAAUUAUUCCCUUCCUUGAAAGAAAUACUACGGAUGAAAUUGUCGUUCGCGGACGUGCAUAUUUUCUACAGAGACUCAUUAAGGUACUGCUCUCCAAGGAAGGGUUUGAGAGCUUUGAAGCGGGCGCUUCUAUUGCCCACCUUGAAAACCGUGUUGCAGCUGCACUUUCCUUGGGGGCAAAGGAAGAGUUUCGUUUAUACCUACUGAUGUACGCAAAACGCCUGGGGGCAGAGGGGUUGAAAAUGAAGACGGAAGAGUUGUUGGAAGGACUCAUCGGUGGGAUCUUCUCCGAGGGUGAGGAGAAGGAAAAUUCCGUGACGGGUGACAAAGGCAAAAAUUCAGAAGAAGGGCUUUGGGAGUGUGAAUCAGACACUAUCUGCGGCUGGCCGCGACGUGAUCUACUGAAGGAAGUAGUCCUUGCUCUUGGAAAACAUCGAGAUUUACAACGAAUUACCGUUCCAUAUGCCCACUUGCUUGGGAUCCUCGACGAAGAUAAAAAUGAAGCCGAUGCUAUGGUCAUCACCUAGUUAUUACUUGAUCUUUGCUCAAGAAGUUCUUACGGGUUUGCUGGCGCUGACGGGGGGUUUUCAUGGUUGGCCUAUUUGGAAGCACGUCGGAUGGGCACUCUGGAGUUUACAUCGAUGAGGAGGCUCUCUGGGCGAUUAUAGUUCUAAUGUUACCUGUAGCAUAGCUUUGUGAUGCGCUUCCAUGGAGAGGAGUAUUCGUUUUCCCGUAC